UGGAUGCACUGACAUCCAGGAGAGCGCAUGAUGAGGAGGCGUGACGCUCCCGGGUCAUGUGAGCGUCAUCAGCUGCUCCAGCCGGGGCCAGAGAGCAGAGCAGCGGGGACACCAGCGCCAUGUCACCAGCUGACAGCAGCACCCUGGCCGGAAUGGAGGAGGGGGAUUCAAACGCAGAAGCCGGGCUGUGACCGACACACACCGACAGGUGGAGCUGCUUUUUCUAUCGUUGGUGUCUCCAUACCUCCCGUGCAGUUCGCUUGGCGCGGACUUGUGAGAACCAAGAUCGUCCUGAGCUGGCUCUCUGCAGCCAUGAUAUCCAAGUCAGCCCUGCUGAAGGUGAUCCUUCUGGGUGACGGCGGUGUCGGCAAGUCAUCCCUCAUGAACCGCUACGUCACCAACAAGUUUGACUCUCACCUAUUCCACACUAUAGGCGUGGAGUUCCUCAACAAAGAGCUGGAGGUGGAUGGCCACCACGCCACUCUGCAGAUCUGGGACACGGCGGGUCAGGAGCGUUUCCGCAGCCUCCGCACACCUUUCUACCGCGGCUCCGACUGCUGCCUGCUCACCUUCAGCGUGGACGACGGACAGAGCUUCCGAAACCUGGCCAACUGGAAGAAGGAGUUCACUUAUUACGCUGACGUAAAGGACCCUGACAACUUCCCCUUUGUGGUGCUGGGCAACAAACUGGACGUGCCCGAGCGGCAGGUAUCAGGAGAGGAUGCACGGCAGUGGUGCCGCGAGAACGGCGGUCACCCGUACUUUGAGACAAGUGCUAAGGAUGCUACAAAUGUAGCAUUGGCCUUUGAGGAGGCGGUACGUCGCAUUCUGGCGUUGGACGACAGAGCUGAUCACCUCAUUCACAACAACACAGUGGACCUGCAGAGGAAGAGUCACCCUGAUCCCAGCUGUUGCUGAGCGGAGUGCUGAAUGCAGCAGGACUUCAUGUGACUCUGCACAAAGAGGAACUGGUGUUUGCUCAGUAGCUGUUGUACUGUAUGUGAUGCCCUCAGAUAAACUUGGGACCAGGAUCACGCAUUUGUAAGCAAAUACUGAUAUUCUUUUGGACCAAAAACUUAACAUUUUGUGCCAAUAUUCAGCAUUUUCACCACACAAGAGACAUAACCUCUCCACCCACCAUUUCCCAACUCUGGGGCAUGUUUUAUAGAUUUAUUUGUGGUCAGUGAUGAACCUCAAUUGUAUCAGAGGUGGACAUAACUGGCUCAUACCCAAAUUUUAAAGAGCCUAUAGGGAGUGAUUGUAACUUGAGCUGGGUUUUUGUGAUAAAAGCUGAACUAUAUCACCUCUAAAGUACAACCAGUUCUCUAAACUAAAAAAAAAAAAAAAUGUUUUGACGUCACUGAUGGCGCUGUGGCUGCAAGUUUUAGCCCACAAAAAGAGAAGUCAUCAAGAGAUCAUUGUCUGCCUCUAGAAGCAGAGACAACCACAUUUACAGCUAAAAUAUAUGGCGACAUAGCCCUGAUUGUUUUUAAACGGCCCAGUAACCUAUACUCCCGAAAUGAUUUCCGGGUCUUUUGAUAAACAAACUACCAUUUAGAAAACAGAUAAACCAACAUUCUAAUUUCCCAUCUACAACUCAAACUCUUGACAUACAGCAUUGCAAGUAAUUCAAAUGGAUGUGGUUAAUCAAAUGAAAGACCGGAACCACUGUCUUUGUGGUAAGUAAAUUAAUGAAUGAGAUUUUUUUUUUUUUUUUUUUACAGAUUAUUAUUGAGUUAAUCACAUGUUGAACUAGAUUCAAUAGUUGAUUUAAUCAUCUUUUCCAGAUACAAUAUUUGCUGUUCUGUUGGGAUGAUAUUAAAUAUGUUGUUUUGAAAAUCCAGGCUUUUGGUAGUACCAGUGAUGCUAUGAUGGAAUUUAGUGUCUCCCUAAGGAAGAACAUAAGCUACUGUAGUUAUUGCUGGAGUUAUAAUAUCCUGUAUUUAAGUAUGUAUUGAUCCCUACCCCUCCUCUCAGUAUGAAAAGUGGAGCACACUGCAGAAUCUUAAAAUGUUAGAUAAGAUUAAAAUGACUCUAUGUAACACUGUGGCCUAUGUAAUCUUUAUUAGCAAUGCCUUCUUCAGGGCACAUGACUCCCAUCAUUUUUUUUUUUUUACACUGGAAAUAAAACAACAGCCAGCAAUUAAACUGGAGAAAAAUC